AUGUCACUGUUGUCAAAUCUGUCAUUCAUAUUGACAUGUCGCCGGAAGUUCCUGUUUGCAAUGCCAUUGGAGAAAAAUGCGAUAUUUUAAUCAUGUGACAGAUCAUGGUUAUGUUUUAUUGGUUAAAAUCAGUUUGUUUGGAUUUCCAAGUAUUUUUCGUGUUUUAAAUGUGUUAAAAACCAAGUCUCUGUGCAGCAGUUCACGCAGCUUUAAAAUAAAUUUAGAAAUGGCAAGCACAGAUUCCAUGGCGGAAUUAAGAGCACAGUUGGAAUUAGAGAUCAAAAACAAGAAACAAUGCGACUACGAAUCUUAUCAAUGUACGCAGUUAACUAUUGAUGGAUAUAAAUAUUGUUUAAGACAUAUAUUAAAUGACAAGAAUGCCCCAUUCAAACAAUGUAAUUACAUUUAUCAAAACAAUGGUAAAAGAUGUCAUUUACCAGCACCAAAAGGAGAGAAAAAAGAAUAUGGAUAUUGUAACGAGCAUGCUUUAAAAUCAACAAUAGUGAGGAAUAAACAGAAUGCCAAAAACCCACCGCCUUUAUCGACAGAAUCUUUAUUAACAAAAUUAUCUCAUUAUGUACGAAAGCCUCGAAAUAGAACUGCUUCAUCUUCUAGCUAUAUAUCAGAUGAGGAACGUAACUAUUUAGAAGAUAAUGCAAAUUUGAAAGCUACUAAAAGUGUUGAUCCUUUUGUCGAUAUUGAUGCAAAUUCAGUUUAUACAACACAAUGUAAUGAAGUCUUAGAUAUGUGCAGUGAAUCUGAGAGCGAUGUUGAACCAUCGACUUUAGCAUCUGUAUGGCCAGAUGUAAAUGCAGAUAGUUCUGAUAAUGAAAGUAUCGAUUCUGAAGAGGAAGAUGUUUUGAAACAUGCAAACGUUUACACUGCAGAAGAAAUUUCAUUACUUACUCGUGAUAAAUUAGUGAGGUUGCAGUCUCUUUAUAUUGAACAGUAUAGAUAUUUGCAGCAUGUGUUGCGUGAAAAAAGGAGGAAAUAUUUACAUUCCUUAAGACGAGAAAAGGAAACGUGUUGUAAUAUUUAUAACCAAGUAAAAGACAAUCCAAAGGAACAAAGGCUGUAUAGAAAAUUAAAACAAUACAUUAAAUAUCAUCAUGCCUAUGGACAAGAAGCUAUUCUCAGUAAAAGACUACAUGACAUAAGAGCGAAGAUAUCUGAUGGUUUACCAGUAAGGUCAGGCGGACUUACGAAAUGUACAUUUUCUGAAGGCGGAGUAAAAUGCGGAGAAAAAGUUCUUCCCAUGGCCAGACAUUGUCGGCGACAUAUUUUAGAGGAUCAAAGUCAAGUGCUAUUUAAAGCCUGUGGAAAAGCAAAUGGGGAUAUUGAAUGUAACACACCAGUAGAAGCGAUAUUUGAUGACAGUACCUGCAAAUUACAUGUAGAAAUACCCCCAAUUAGGUCAUACCAUCAGCCUAGAACUUCACAAGGAACAAAACGUAAAAGGAAGGAAUCAGAGUCAGACAUUGAUGAUACAUUAGAGUUACCGCCUCAUUAUGCAAUGCCUACUGGAGAGACAGUAAAAACAGAAAUGCUUGAUUAUUCAUUACCUCAGGAUUUGCCCAAAAUGGAAACAUUACCUUCCUUACUGUUUGAAGAUUCUACUGAAAACUUACCAUCUUCACUUCAGUUUACUACUUCAACGUUUAAUGACAGUUUUAAUGAACAAACGUCAAGUGAUUUAUUGGAAAAUUCCGCAUCAGUUGACCUGAAAAUUAAUGUUACCGAAGAUGAAAACACUGAUGGAGAAAUGUCAAAUAUUAACGCUUCAUCGCUCGAAGAUAAUUCUAAUAUUCAGGAAACACAAGAAGAAAUAAAAGAAGAUUCAAUUAACGAUAACUUUGAAAAUACCCCAUUUUUAAAUGAGGAGGAUUCUGAAACCACGUUAUUUGAAAAUGCCGAUACUGUUGAAGUCAGAUCUGAGGAAAACGUGGAAAAACCUAAUGAGCAGGAAGAAAACCCAGAAAAUAAAAUGGACGUUGAUUGAUUUAUUACCUUUAAUUUUCAGCUUUAAUUUAAUCUGUUUAGAAGUUACAUUAUGUUGUACCAUCCAUGUAUAAAUAAAGUAAAAAAUAAUAUAGUUUUCCCUU